AUUUCUAGGACCUCGACCAACAACAAACCGGACAGUGACCUGGUAAAACAUCGUACAGGCAUGAUUCUGGUCAGGGUGUGUUUGUUCUGUAUUUUUAUUCAGUUUGGAGUUCCCCAAAACGAAGAACCCAGCCAUUGGCUUAGAUUGGCAGAGGAUGAACUGGAAACCGCGCUAAAAAGAACAACAAACACAAACAGAGCGAAAAAUGUGAUAUUGUUUAUUGGAGACGGUAUGGGUCUGACCACUGUCACCGCAGCCCGGAUAUACAAAGGUCAACUGAACGGGCAGCCGGGGGAGGAGAGUGUCCUGGAGUUCGAAAAGUUUCCAAAUGUCGGCUUAUCUAAAACAUACCUCCCCGACAGACAAGUGGCGGAUUCAGCCGCCACCGCCACAGCGAUGCUGACCGGUGUAAAGACAAACUGGUACAAUGUGGGGGUGACGGGGGAAGCCAAAUUUGGGGACUGUAAUUUUCCUAAAGAAGCCGAGAUAGACACCAUUUUUCGCCAGUCAGAAAUGGAAGGAAAAUCUACUGGAAUUGUUACAACUUCUAGAAUAACGCACGCCACGCCCGCUGCAGCUUACGCCAAAGUCCCACAGCGUUAUUGGGAGACGGACGCAGACUUAAUAUGGUACAACGUGACGGGACGCUGUACAGAUAUAGCACGACAACUAAUAUACAACAACAAUGAAAUUGACGUGAUAUUUGGAGGCGGUAGACGAGCAUUUUUCCCUAGUACAACGAAAGACCCAGAAACAAACUCUAGCAAUCUGCGAAAAGACGGGAUUAAUUUAAUUCGGGAAUGGAAGACCAUUAUGGAAGAUACAGGGCAGAGUUAUAUGUAUGUGGAGAACACAGAAGAGUUCCAGUCUAUCGACCCUUCUGCCACAGAUAAAGUUCUGGGAUUGUUCGAUAGAAGCAAUUUGCCGUACGAACCAAACCGGAAUAAAGGGCCGGAUGGAGACCCCUCUCUUCCAGAAAUGACGAAAAAGGCCAUCGAAAUCUUGCAGAAGAACGAGAAUGGGUUCUUUUUAUUAAUUGAAAGUGCCAGAAUCGAUCAUGGACAUCAUGAUAACAAAGCUAAGCUUGCUCUUAUGGAGACUCUUAUGUUGGAAAAGUCUGUAAAAGUGGCAACGGAAAUGACCAGUGUAGAGGACACACUUAUCAUUGUGACAGCCGACCACUCUCACGUGUUCAACAUCGCGGGAUAUCCAAAACGAGGCAAUGAUAUCCUAGGUGUUGUUGAGCCCAUUCCGAGAGCUUGGUAUCCUACAGACAACAAAGCCUUCACCACCCUAAUGUAUGCUAAUGGACCUGGUGGUAUCUUACCCAACAAAUCAAGACAUGACCCCAAAAAAGUUGACACAACUGCUGAUAACUACGUUCAGACAAGCGCCGUGCAUUUGAAGGUGGAGACACACGGAGGCGAGGAUGUCCCAGUCUAUGCAAGCGGUCCCUGGUCCCACCUUAUACACGGCGUGCACGAGCAACAUUACAUCUAUCACGUGAUGUCACUAGCUUCAUGUGUGGGUACACAAAAGACAAAGUGUUCAAAAUCUAUAAAUGCUGGAAAGACUUACAAAACGAAUUCCACCAAAAUAUUGAGUAUAGUGACAGUUUUAUUUAUGUUUUUAACUCAUUAUGAUAUGAUCGUAGAAUGA